GUCGUUGGGUCCGUCAACAGCAGGACCCUCCUCCCUCCUCCUCCUCCUCCUCUCUCCUUCCUCUGCCUCUCUCUGUCUUUCUCUACCUCCUCUCCUUCACUUCACUGAUCCUGAACACUGAGGAUGGAGACAUCAGUGAAAGCAGCUGAGGUGUUGGUGCCCCCCCAGCCUGACAUGGACGCCAAGAACACUGAAGGUGAGGCAGCAGCUGCACCUGCAGCCUGUGGCUCCUCCUCCGACGACUACAUCAACCCCAUGGAGGAGUUCAGCAGAAAGCUGGAGGACAUCAUCAGCACCCACGGCUCUGCAGCCAGCCUCCUGGACAAACAGAGCACGAUGGAGGCGCUGACGGAGAAGAUGAAGAAGGAGCCAAAAGAUGACAUCCCAGUUGCUAUAGAGACAGAGGUCUGUCUCAUCAUGAAGAGUCUGGACAAACUCUCGUCUCCAGAGCAGAAACUGGAAGAUGUGGUCAGGAGAUACGCUGAACUGGCAGCCCUGCGGCGCUCUGACGAGAAGAAGAUGUGUGUGCUGCAGCAGAAGUUGUCCAUCCUGCUGGACGAGCGGCAGCAGCUGCAGGAGGAGAGUCGCAGCAGCAUCACAGCUCGCAGCAAACUGGAGACUCUGUGCAGGGAGCUGCAUGGACACUACAACGCUCUGAGGGAGGAGACCCUUCAGCGCUGCAGGGAGGAUGAGGAGAAGAGGACAGAGAUCACCAGCCACUUCCAGACGAUGCUGACAGAGAUCCAGGCUCAGAUCGAGCAGCACAGCAACCGAAACGACAAACUGUGCCUGGAAAACAGCAACCUGACGGACAAACUGGAGAGUCUCAUGACCCAGUGCGAGAUGAGGGAGGAGAGUUUGGAGAAGAUCAACAAGCAUCGCGACCUGCAGUACAAACUGGCCGAAGCCAAACUGCAACAGGCCAACGCUCUGCUGACCGAGGCCGAGGAGAAACACAAGAGGGAGAAGGAAUACUUGCUUAGGGAGGCUAUUGACAAAACAAAGAAAUGCUUCGCUAUGAAGGAGCAGGAGCUGACCAUGAAGAAGAAGCUGACCCUCUACGCUCAGAAGUUUGACGAGUUUCAGGCGACACUGGCCAAAAGCAACGAAAUCUACGUUCGCUUCAAGAAGGAGAUGGAUAAUAUGUCAGAAAAGAUGAAGAAAAUGGACAAAGAGUCAAAUCUAUGGAAGACGAGGUUCGAGAACUGUAACAAGGCUCUGACUACCAUGAUUGAAGAGAGAAGGGAGAAAGGUAAAGAGUAUGAUGUGUUUGUCCUGAAGAUUCAGAAGCUAGAGAAGUUGUGUCGCGCUCUACAGGAUGAGAGGGUCGUCCUUUAUGAGAAGAUCAAGGAAGUCCGUAAGGCCAACUCCGACAUCUCAACCAAGGUCCUCAGCACUGAUGACACCAACUCUGAGGAUGCUGAUAAACCCACCCUGCUGACCCCUGGGGACCUCCAAGAGCUCCAGGAGCUCCAGAAGGAGGACCCAGUCUUAACAGAGAACAUGUCCCGUCUGAAGGAGGAACAGGCCAAGCUGCAGGAGUUCGCUGCCUCUCUUUGGGACACACCCGGGGACAAUGACGAAGAAGACAAAGCUGAUUCAGACCCUGAAGAAGACUUGGUGUCUUCUGCAUUUGACCACUUUAAAACCAAAACUCAGGACAAAAAGGAGGUGGUUUCAGUCCCUGAGCAGGUGGUAGAUGUCAAAUGUGAGGCAGCAGAAUCAGUUCUCCCACAGCCUGAUAAAGUUGAGGAGGUUCCACAGCCAGCCAUGUCCACACCUGUGGAGGACACAUCUGAAAUGAUACCAACAGACACAAAACCAGAAGCAGUAAAAGUUCAAACCCAGGUCGAGGACAAAGAGGUGCAACCAGUUAAACCAGAUGAGGAGAUCCAGCAGCAACCUGCUGAACUGGCGCAGACAUCUGAGCCUGAGGAAGUCCAGAUUCAUCCAGCAACAGACCUGAAACCAGACACAGCAAAGGCUGAAAUUUUAGUCGAGACUGGUGAGGUCAAACCAGUGAUCCCAGUGGAAGUCGAGAAGGCCCAGGCCGCACCAGUGGAAGUACAACAAGAAGCACCAACCAAGUCAGCUCCACCUUCACAAAACACACCUAAAACCACUGCUUCCUCCAAUGCAGAGUCCUCCAAAAAGCAAACACCAAAGAAAAAGAAGAAGAGGAACGCCAAGAAUGCAAGCUAAAGUUUAGGAUGCGCUGAAGGUGUGUGUGUGCGUGUGUGUGCUGUUAUUUGUGUGUUUGUGUAACUGAAAUCAUAAUGUGCCUUUUGUAAAACCAUAAGUUUGUCCCAACUGGUGCACCUGAAGAGUUGUCAGUGUCACUUUUCUCAAAAAUCAAUGUCACCAGAUGAGGACGGACAAAAAGCCGACUGUAUUUUAUAGUCUGAAUGUCUAAAUGUAACAUAAAAGUAACAUUUAGUUGGUCGAAAGAAUGAAAGGCCUUACUGAAGUAUAACAAAGUCUAAAUGACUGAGAUAUCAAACAUGAUCUUUCUCUCAGAAAAAUUUAGUGUUAACUUAAGUGCCAUAAAAAGUGAAAGCUUUUGCCUUAUGGAAGGCAAAAUGCCAAAAAGAAAACAUUGUUUGGUAUCAGUGCCAGUAAAACUGCAGUGUCUCUUUUAACCUAGAAAUCACAACGACUCUAAUAAAGUUAUUUUUUGACCAUUUGACCACUGAUA